GUAUGUAGUACUAGAUAACUCAAGUGUCGAAAUAAAACCACUUGAUUUCGAAACUAGACAUACUUAACGAUUGUUUAUAUCUAAUUAGGCGAUCGACAGUCUUAUCCCAUUACAAGUAGCACCUACGUCUUUAAAAACCCUUGGAGAAGAGAUGCGCAGCGCAGUUUGGUUGAUAGCGUUACGUUAGUCACUUGUUUUUAGUCAAAUUUGUACCCACUGAAAAUGAAACUGUUCAUCUUUGCAGGAUUACUAAUAGUCGUAGCAAAUGCUGCACCUAUACAGGAGAAUAUCGAUAAGGGCGAGGAAUUCGGCGAGCACUUCGAAGGUGACAUGGUGCUGCUGCCUUGGCAGCAGCGGGCAGUGUCAACGGCUAUCGACGCCCGCAACGGAUUGAGGGGCGCCGCCAAACGGUGGCCGGAUCGCACCGUCGUCUACCAUAUAGAGGAAGAUGAUUUUGGUGAAGACCAAGUCAAACUGAUCGAAGAAGGCAUGGCUGACAUAGCAAGCAAGUCUUGCAUUAAGUUCCGACCCAGAAAAAAAGACGAUGAGCACGCAGUUGUUAUUCAGGGAUCAGCGAAUGGAUGUUUCUCUAAUGUAGGCUUUAGCAGCCAGGACGACGAAGGCGAUGUCAACCAAGUUCUUAAUCUUUCCAAAGGAUGCUUCAGGCACGGAACCGUGGUACAUGAGAUGCUUCACACGCUAGGUUUUUAUCACAUGCAGAGUACCUACGACAGGGACGAAUUUGUCAAAAUCGUUUGGGAAAACAUCAGGGCAGGUACAGAGCAUAAUUUUGCAAAAUACACGAAUGAUACGGUAACCGAUUUUGGUGUGCCAUACGACUUUGAUAGUGUAAUGCACUAUCCGGAGACAGCUUUCUCCAAAAAUGGAAACAAAACGAUUAUACCGCUACAGGAGAACGUCAAAAUUGGACAACGGGAUGGAUUGUCUGAAAGUGAUAUCCUCAAGUUGAAUAAAAUGUACUGCGACGAAUCAGAUACGCUAAAAAUUACUCAUCGUUCCAAAUGAAAA